CCGGGCCGGGGGCGGUGCCCGCAGCCCGGCCGGCUCCUCCCCGCCCCACAGCGCUAGGACUUUUGCUUUCGCUUUCCCUACUGCGGACCCGGACCCACGCCGCGGAGGGAGCGACGGAGCCGCGUGGGCACGAUGGCGGAUGAUCAGGCCCAUGCUGGGGAGCUGGGAGCCGGGGACUCCGAGAGUGCAGACGCGGUGGACGCCAAGCCAGACCGGUCGUCGUUUGUACCAGCACUCUUCAGUAAGAAGAAGAAAAAUGGCCCAAAGCAAUCAGCCAAGGCCACCCGGGACCAGGUGCCUUCGUACCAGUACAACAUGAAUUUUGACAAGAUGGGCAAAUGCAUCAUCAUAAACAACAAGAACUUCGAUAAAGUCACAGGUAUGGGCGUCCGGAAUGGCACAGACAAAGAUGCCGAGGCCCUUUUCAAGUGCUUCCGGAGCCUGGGCUUUGAUGUGAUGGUCUACAAUGACUGCUCCUGCGCCAGGAUGCAAGACCUGCUUAAACGAGCUUCUGAGGAAGACCACACAAAUUCUGCCUGCUUUGCCUGCAUCUUACUGAGCCAUGGAGAAGAAAAUCUGAUUUAUGGAAAAGAUGGUGUGAUUCCCAUAAAGGAUUUGACAGCCCACUUUAGGGGGGACCGCUGCAAAACCCUGUUAGAGAAACCCAAACUCUUCUUCAUCCAGGCUUGCCGAGGGACGGAGCUCGAUGAUGGAAUCCAGGCCGACUCGGGGCCCAUCAAUGACACAGACGCCAACCCCCGCCAUAAGAUCCCGGUGGAAGCUGACUUUCUCUUCGCUUAUUCCACAGUUCCAGGCUAUUAUUCCUGGAGGAACCCUGGCAGGGGCUCGUGGUUUGUGCAGGCCCUCUGCUCCAUCCUGGACGAGCACGGCAAAGAGCUGGAGGUCAUGCAGAUCCUCACCAGGGUGAACGACAGGGUGGCCAGGCACUUCGAGUCUCAGUCGGAUGACCCGCGCUUCAACGAGAAGAAGCAGAUCCCCUGCGUGGUCUCCAUGCUCACCAAAGAACUCUACUUCUGCCGCUGACCAUCCCGGGCUGCCUUCUAGCUCGGAACCCACCGCGUCAUGCAUUGACAGAUCCCAUUUGGUGGUUUUUUUUUUUUUUUUUUUUUUUGUUUUGUUUUUGUUUUUUUUUACGCUCUUAAAAUAUCCAUAUAAAUUCAUUGGGAUUUUAAUUUCAGGUCCAUCAGGGAACUUUCUGGUGCUGUCAUGUUCUCUGAGUUUUCAGAGACUUUUUACAACCAUGUUAUUCAUUGGAUGACUUUGUAAUUUCUUCUUGAGAUGAGUUUUCUGUUUGUGUUUCUGGCACCUUGUCAUGACACUUACUUCGUGCAGCAAACAUGACCUCUGGAGAAGAGUCUUGGCUGUGGCUCCCUGGGUGUGACACUGGUGGAGAGUCAGCCCUCUCUCCUGUCUGUACUUGGCAAAGAGAAUCCCAGUGCUUAACAGAAAACAGCUAAGGGGAAUGUUCAUUGGCUCUAUUGCAGGAAGUGGGUAAGGAGUGUGGUGUGAGUGAGUUUUCGCUGGAUUAGGGCGGAUUCUCGUGCAGACAUUCCCAGUUAAGUUAGAGGUGGGGAGGGAGCUUAAUGAUUCUAAUUUGUAUCAGUCAGAAUCCAGUUCAGCAAAUAGAACCUGUGCUUGGUGGGUCAACAGAGGGGACUUAAUACAGGAUUCACUUAGGUGGAUGAUAAAAUGGAAGCCAAACAGCCAGAAGCUGCUACCACACCUAGGGCUAUGGGGGAAAUGGGAAAAGGUGUCCAAAGCUGGGAUUAUCCACAGGACCUAGAACCAAGGAGGGGGGUGCCUGAUAGGAUCUGAGACCACCGAGGAAUUGUGAGAAAUUGACCCAUAGAGCAAGGCCAAAACCACUGCCUGAGAGGGAGGCAAGGCAAGAGCUGAGCCAGAUAAGGAGAAACGCCCUGGCCUUGGCUCCCCUACACUGGAGUCUUCCACCAGCACCUGACCAUUCCAGCCCUACCUGCUCACCAGCUGAAGAGGUUCCUGGGGAGUCUGAUUUUCCAUGAUACAAAGCAGAGCAAGGUAUAGGAGGGAGAAGGGGAGCAAAAAUGGUUGGAAGCCCGGCCCGUCAUGUGAACAUAGUAAUCCUAUUCCCUGAUGUUCAUCAAUGCAUCCAUUUAGUCACUGAGUUGUCAGAUACAAUCUACAUACGUGCAAAAUAGUCUGUUCCUGCUUCAUGUGCAAAAUGCUCUGUUUGAUCUUUAAAAUAUAUUUGGAACUUUUUAGACUAUUCCAAACCUUAUUCUAAGUAAAUCUGUUACUUCUAAUUCUUUAAGUGGGGAAGAAUUUAUGGCAAAGAUUUUUGACACUUUGUUUUCAAGGUGCUGUUAUCUUUUGGAUUCUUGGUAAAUGACUUUUUUUUCCUGCCUAAUAACUGGUAACAGAUGUUAAUAUUUAUUGAUUAAAAUGUGAUUGCUUAAUUCCUAA